UCACUACCAGGAUAUGUAUGGACAGGGCACCUGUCAGCUAUGUAGAGCAGGUAGGGGGUAGUGGGGGGUUAUAGCAGGAGUGUCCUAGUGGUCACUACCAGGAUAUGUAUGGACAGGGCACCUGUCAGCUAUGUAGAGCAGGCUAUUACUGUGAUGCCACCUAUGGUCCAGUGACCAGUAUUAUCAACUCGUCCUGUCCAGUAGGUUACUACUGUGUUAAUGGCACUGCGUGGAGUACGCAGUACCCAUGUCCUCUGGGGACAUACAGCCAAAAUCCUAACCUGGAGGCGGCAGACCAGUGCCUGUCAUGUGACCCAGGCAGGUACUGUGGAACUCUGGGAAGGAAUGAUACAGAAGGUGAAUGCAGUGAAGGUUUCUGGUGUAAAUCAGGCGCCAUCUCUCCAACACCAACAGAUGGCAGCAAGGGGAUGAUCUGCCCUAGAGGUCACUACUGUCCAAGAGGCACCCCAUUCCCAGUCCCAUGUCCCCUGGGCUACUGGUCUAACACCACUGGUCAGUCCACCCCAGAGACCUGCCAGCCCUGCCCUGGGGGUCAUUACUGUGACCAGCCUGGGCUGGGUGACCCCUCCGGUCAGUGUGACCCAGGCUACUUCUGCCUGUCCCGAGCCACCUCAGCCAAGCCAAGUGAAGGGGUCCUGAUUGGGGAUAUUUGCCCCCCGGGACACUAUUGUCCCGAGGCUGGGACGGUCACCCCCAUCCCGUGUCCCAUUGGGCACUAUGCGUCCAGUAACGGGACAGUGAAAUGUGAGGUGUGCCCAGUGGGACACUAUUGUAUUGAUGGUGUGGAGCCAGUGACCUGUCCACCCAGGUUUUACUGUGCUAUUGGGACUGGGUAUGUGCACCGCUCCUGUGCUAACUAUAUAGAAGAAUGUGUGAUAGGGAGCAGUAACUGUAUAGACAGCAAUGCUCAGUGUGUUGGCAGUGGGGAGGACUUCACCUGUACAUGUAAAACUGGUUAUACUGGAGAUGGGUUUGCUUGUAUUGACAUCAAUGAGUGUUUGGUGAACCACGGAGGCUGUCACGUGGACGCAGAGUGUAUUAAUGUGGUUAGCAACCACUCCUGUGUAUGUCACACUGGAUACUCCGGAGACGGGUAUAAUUGUGAAGGUAGCACAAAAUUGACAGUCACAGGCAUCUUAAGUAUGAGUAGUGAUUACAUGCCUUAAGUAGGGAGAUAGGGACACAAGUACAUGUAAGCUGAGUAGACAUUUCAUUGAUUUUUUGUGGAAGUUUAUGAUGUCCUUUAGUAUGUUUCCUUGAUGAUUUGAAAAAAACAGCGAUAGAUAAACAGAAGGCAUUAUAGUGUUGAUGUAAGCUGUGCCAUGCCC